CGUGAGAGCGUGUACGUGCGCGUGCGCUCGCUCGGCGCAACCAAACCCGUGGUGCCUCUGUCCGCGGCGCCACCGGGCUCCCGGCUUCGGCACCGUCCUUCACCGCGGGCGCAAGCCGGCGCGCGGAAUCGCGUUGUGAACGAGGGUGCGAAUUAGUAUCCGGACAGCGGAUUUAAAUAUCAAACGGCGUAAAAAUGUAGUGCUUUGAUUGCAGGUGAAGGAGUGGUGGUACCCGCUAGCGCCGCGAUGCUAAUCGUGGGAUGGCGCGGACAGGGGGGGUCGGACGGCGGAGGCGCUCCCGUGUUAUUUAAAUCGCGCUCUAAUAAUAAUGAUAUGGACGCCGCCGGUGCCGCGCUCGCGCGGUCCGUGCACCGCCACCGGCGUUGUUGUCGUUAGCGCCGCGCGGGGCUCCGAGGGCUUGUGCUCCGUGCGGACGCGUUCCUCGCAACGCGUGCGUGCGCCGUCCCGGAUCUGGGCCGCGUUGAUGCUUCCCCCCCCCCCCGUCACUCGUCGAUCGACGAGCGCACCGCUGCGGUGUUUUAAUCUGCGCAGGUUAAAAAAUUUUCCCCACUCUCGUCUGCAAUGAAAAAGAAAAUUUCCAAAAAAAUAUUUUCGUACAAAUUUUUUUUUUUUAGACCAACGUUUUGUUAUUCGUGGCUCGUCGGCCGGCGUCUGCCUGCUUGGCAGAUGCGGCCGCGUUUUAUCACAAUGCCGCAAACGUACGAGUGUGCUCAUUUCCGCUCGGUAAAAUUAGUACUUUAAGUGUUUAAAAAAAUCCGCGUUUGGAUUGAGACGCGGCGUUUGGCCAUUACCCGUUGUGGAGCGAACGUCGCGGGCGCUCUCCGGGCGCACGCCAACCAACCGAACGUGCGCGCGUUUCCUGAUGCGCAAUCAUCUUCUUUUUCCUCCACCCACACGUGUACAGUGCCGCGCGGCUAAGUUGACACCGUCGGUGAAACCUCCCCUCCGUACUCUGGUGACCGCUGGCCCGAAUCGCACGCCGUGAAUUAUUUCCGCCGCUCGCUCCGCCGCGCUCGUUUUUCUGCCCGUCGCUCGUCCGCCGAUUUUUUUCCGUGAAUUUUCCCAGCAAAAUUGUUUUGAUGCCGUGGUGCGCAGCCACCGCCGCCGCUGCCGCCGCCGCCGCCGCUGUUGGCUUGCGGUCCGUCGGUCAGAUCGCCGAGCAGGGGUAAUUAAGCGAAACGCAUUUAACUAAUUAAUGAUAUCAAACUCUCCAUUUGGCAGAAUGUGCUUUAUAAUUUAUAAGUGGUGGAACGGCAUUUGGGGGGGGAGGCCACAUCUGGGGAAAUUAGCUUUUGUCCGCGGACCCUGCGGCGAGCGAGCGGAGGUCUGCAGGGCUCGGGAAGCCGCUCGCCUCGAGCGCACGGAGACAAAAUGGUGGCGGGCUGUAGGAAGCGCGUGGCUCCAGAGCGCUGCCCCGACGGUUUUUCCUCUCGGUGUGCGUGGCAGAGGGCCGCCGUGGGAGCUCCUCCGAUCGCACCCCCCCCCCCCCCCCCACUGCGGCCACGAAGGGCGACGGUGCACGCGUGUGGCACGCGUGUCACGCAACGAUGACGAUCGGGGCGCCAUGUGGCAAUUUAUUUGGAAUCCCAACAGUGGUCAACGGCUAAAAAAAUGCGGGGGGUUCUGGGAACCCCCUCCGCCCGCUUCUCGUCAUCGACGGUGCCUGCGGCGGCACUCGCUACCGUCUCUGUUUGCGUUCCGCCGGAACACUCGGCGGCUUCGCCGAGGGAGGAAGCGGCGGUGCUGGAACCCGUGGGCGAGCUCCGACCUCGCGAGUUGGCUUGGUCUCUCUCGGCCCCGUCGCUGGUCGCAGGUGCAGCGGCCUCCCAGGGUGUGGCUGUGGCGGCGCGUUGCGUGGAAUUCGAUUUUUUUUUAUGGUAUCGCGGGGCGGGGGAGGCAGGAUGGGAGCAUCGUUGCCGUCGGCCGUGAACCCGUCCCGGGGCCUCCGUUGCACAAACCCCGUCGGGAACUCUGUGUGGCCAACGUGCCGCGCUCGUGACCUUCUAACCUGUCGGCUCGUGAGCGCCCAUUAAAACGUAAAGUCUCCCUCGAGGGAGAUCUGCGACACGAAGGAACGUAAAUUAACGUGAACAAACGGCCGACAUUACGAGCCCGACGAUCGGUAUGAACGUUAAACAACAAGUGCCCAACGGCGAGUGACGGACGGGGCGCGAGUGACGGACGGGGCGCGUGUGAACGUGCGGGGUGCUCGCCCGGCGCCUCGCGGCGCACGCAGGUGAGCGCCGCGCCGAGUCGGACGCCGUUGAUGACCGCGACGUCGAUCCCGCGCGCGUCCGUGUUUUGCUCCGUCCCGCGCCGGCCGCACGGCGGGCGAAGCGGCGCAAGCCUCGCGGCCGUGCGUGUUCCGCCCGAGCGCCGAGCCGGCCACCUCUCGUAAGCCCGGUCGGGGGAAAUGUCGACGGGCGGCGCCGUUAACCCGCGGCCCUCGCGGGCGGUUCGCCGGCUUGGCGCACGCGCCGGGGGCCGGCGGGCGGCGUCGUCCACGAGCACGGACUUCGGCACCCAGGAAGGGUUAACGCGACCGCGCCGGAACGGGACGUCGCUGUUCGGCUUGCGGACCGCUCGGACUGCUCCCUCGCCCGCUCGAUUGCCGUCCGCCAUUUUGCGUGGCGGUGCAUGGGGGCGGUGUGCCGACGUGGCCGUGGUGGCAGCUGUACGAUUGCGGCAUGCCGUGUGAUCUACUGUACGCCGUGUGAUCUACUGUACGCCGUCGGCAAGGUAACGGCCGCGGUGAAAUAGACGCCGCGUUCUCCUCGGGAGCAGCGGAGCAGGAUGUGCGCCAGCUGCUUCCUUUCGCGCGUGAGGUGGUGACGCGUUCUACUACAUUCGUUUGUGGUGAAAUUGACUUGGCGUCGUGAUAUCGGCAGUAUCGGCAGCUUUAUCGGCAAUCGAGUUUUGCAUCUGCAGCCCUGAUUGUGCUUACCUCGUGAAACAGCAUGGUUUCCAUCAUCAGCCAUGGUCUAUUCACUGCUAGGUGAUAGCCUCCCCACGCCGUCGCUCAUGCAUUGUGAAUUCAAAAUUUUCGUGAAUUCGAAUUGUAAAAGCUGUCGGUUUUGCUCUCCUGCACAUCGGUGUGCUAAUUGGCACGCUUUGUUCACCUGCCAAUUAGCAAGGCUUGCUCACAGACCUUACUGAUUGGCUGUGGGUGUACGGCGCAUUUACAUUUACGCGACCCAACCCAAAAUAACUUGACCCCGGAAAACAUGAUCACGUGCCACGCACGCACGCACGUGCGCGUGGCUUGCGUGACGCUUUCCGACACUCGAUCGCCUUGACGGGCACUGCACUCGCGGGGCUAAUGCAGGCCGGCGGGGAGCGGUCGGGGCGGCUCGCGUCUCCGGGUUCUGCGCACGAUGGACGUGUCCGGUGUUUUGUCGGAACACGACGCCCGCCGCGGGGUGGGGGGGGUCGCGUUCGCGCCGAGUUGUCAUGCGGCGAGCUCGGUCACCGCACUCCCACACCCCCUGGGAGACGCGCACGCACACCCACUGCACACGCUGGGAAAAAAAUAAAUCGAUUUUACGAGUAAAAUAAAGUAUCUGUUCGGUACGAUUUAAAGGCCAGUCCUGUGUCGGUGAUUACACGGGAAUUGAGUGCCGGCGACGGUGAGAAUCCAUGGUGAGCAAAAUCCACGAGUGCCGAGCUGUGCGGUCGGGCGCCGUGGUGAGGUGAGACCUCCCCCCGUCAUCGCGGUGGUGCCGGUUGGGGGGCACUCUUGAGUCCUGGCCAAACAAACAAAGCGUGCAAACUACGGGGGGAGAGUCGAGCGCCACUCGAGGGUGGGGAAGAGGGCAGGCGCGCGUAGGGAUGGCGUUGGCGCGUGCCGCGGCGCUCGCAGAGUCAGAAUGUUUAUUUAGACUGGAGGAAUCCGAUGAGCUAUGAAGCUCUUUUUCACAGACGUCCAGCAACAAGCAGUACAAAAACACGAUAGUCGUGCAAAGUACAAGAAAGGAGGGCCCCGAUGGCGCCGCCGGGCGCCGUGAUGGACGCGGAGCACCCGGGGGCCGUGCUGCGCCGCCUGGACGAGCAGCGCGGCCGCGGCACCUUCUGCGACGUCACCAUCAUCGUCGGCGACCACAAGUUCCGGGCGCACCGCAACGUGCUGGCCGCCUCCAGCCCCUACUUCAGCGAGCUGCUCUUCGCCAGGGGCGCGGAGAGCGGCGGCGCCGGCAGCGCCAACCGGGUGCUGGAGAUCUCCUUCGUGAGGGCCGAAGUGUUUGCCGAGAUCCUGAACUUCAUCUACAGCUCGAAGCUCAGCACGGAGCGCGGCGGCGCCGGCGGCGGCGACGACGCCGCCCUGUCGGAGCUCGUCAGCUCCGGGGAGAAACUCGGCAUGCGCUUCCUGGCCGGCCUGGAGAAAUCUCCGGGCUCCCCCGAGAGGCGCGAGACGCCGGUGCCGGUGCCGGCCCCACCUGCCGCCGAGACGCCUCGGGCGCCACGGCCGGCGCUCGCCGUCAAGAAGGAGCUCUCGGAGAAAGAAGCACCGGAGGCGAGCGACGGACCCCGAAUCCUGAGCUCCUACUCCAUCCCCCAGAUGGAGAAGGCGGCCGCGGCGGCCGCGGCGGCCAAGGCGGCGGUGCGGGAGGCGCGGCGGGAGAACUGCCCGGCGCCGGUCCCCGCGCCGCCCGCUACGGUGUCGAGCUGCUCGCUGUACGACGUGCACUCGGUGCUGGCGGAUGCUUUCCUGAUGGCGCUGGAGCACUCGUACGCCAUGCCGCCCGAGCCCCUGCGGGCGAUGCUGAACGCGCGCUGCCAGGGCCGCCGGGGCACCGCCCCCCCCCCGGGGAGGCCGUGUCGCGUCCCCGACGCUCCGCGGCCGCUCUUCGGCUGCGGCCGCUGCCCCCGGACGUUUGACGGCGCGGACAGCCUGCGGGUGCACGAGAGGAGCCACAGGAGCUUCCUGGUGCAGUGCGAUCACUGCAGGAGGCCCUUCAUGAGCGAGCGGCUGCUCAGGGCCCACACGUGCCUCCUGCGGCUCCCGCCGCCGCCCCUGCCGCCCCUGUCGCCGCCGCCCGUGAGCGUCACGGCCGAAACGCCGUCAUCGUGCGCCGUCGUCAAACUCGUCCUGCCCGUCGCUCGGCCGCGCGUCACCGCCCCCGCCCCCGUCGCCGGCGACGACGACGGCGGCGACGGGCCUCCUCCGUGCGUGCGGCCCCCGGUGCCGGGCGCCGAGCGCGGUUACGGCGAGCCGGAGGCGGAGACCCGGGGAGUCUACAACAAGAGCGGGAGCAAGGCGGUGUUCUCCGGCACGCUACGGCGCAGGCGGCCGUCGCUCGAGCCGGACCACUACGCGCGCGUCGUCGAAGGGCAGGUCCUCUACUUCUGCUCCGUGUGCGACCGCUCGUACGUGCAGCUCACCAGCCUCAAGCGCCACUCGAACGUUCACUCGUGGACCAAGCAGUACCCGUGCCGCUACUGCGAGCGCGUGUUCGCGCUGGCCGAGUACCGCACCAAGCACGAGAUCUGGCACACGGGCGAGCGCCGCUACCAGUGCAUCUUCUGCAGCGAGGCCUUCCUCACGUACCACUUCCUCAAGACGCACCAGCGCACGCAGCACGGUGUCAACCCCUGUAAGACGGCGGACGGCGGCGGCCCCGCGGCCGUGGCACAGGACCCGCUCGUGCGCUUCUACCGGCUCCUGCCGCGUCAGGUGAACAAGCGUCUCUACAGGACCUACAGGAGCUUCGACUACGGCGCCCCGCGGGCCGCCGCCGACGGCUUCGCGCCUCCCGCGGCGCCGACGCCCGCGGCGCCGCCCGAGAACGCCGGCCUCAAGGUCGAGGAGGACGCGGGCGGCACCGGCAGCGACGAGGCGGACGACGCCGCGGACGGGCAGAUCACCGUGUCCAUCGCGGACGACCGGCCGGACGAGGAGCCCUACAGUCCCGAGCCGGACCUCCGUCCGCCGAAGAAGAGGGGCCGCAAGCGGAUGGUGUGGACGCGGGACGGCGGCGCCGCGGGGCGUCGCGAGCGCGACGAGGACAGCGACAGCGACCAGGAGUGGAAGGACAGCAGCUGGAAGCCGUACUACUCCUACAAGCCCAAGCGCAAGGGCCCGCGGGGCCCGCGAGGGAGACGGCGCAGGCGGGGCUGGCGGGGGACGACGCGCUCCUCGGGGGCCUUCGGCUUCGGCGGCGAGGCCGAGAGUUCGGGCGGCGGCUCCGAGCCGAGCUACGCCACGCGGCGCCGGUCGGUGGAAGCGGAGGCGGCCGGCGCCGCCGCGGCGGGCCGGCCGGACGCCGCGGAUUCCGCGGGGGGCUUCGGCGUCGCCGCUGUCGCUGCCCGCGACGCGGAGCCGCGGGCCACGCCGUGGGCAGGGGCGGGCGAGGGUCUCGCGGCCGGCGCGGAGCCGGACGCCCGUCAGCCGGUCCACCUGUCGCGCGGCGACGACGGCGGCGGCGCCGGCAGUCGAUGGUUUCCGGUCGAGAAUGCCACGCGCGACGAGGCGGACUCUGGGAAGGCUGACGCUGCGCACGGCUUUUACACCGUGGACGGGAGGGGAAUGCGGAGGUCCGCGGAAGACAUCGCCAUCGCCGAAAAGCUGCUGCAGAUGGGGGAGCUCACGCCGCUCACGCCGCCGCCGCCGCCUCCUGCGCCGAGGCCGGCCUACCUGGACCCGCAGGAUGGGAACGACGUCCUGCUGGACUUGACGUUUGGCAAACAUCGCGUCGCGCACUGCGACCCCGGCCCCGCCCGGCCGUUCUGGGCAGACGCGGGCAAUGCCAAACGCGCCUUCGAAACGCCAAACGACAAUCUCGGCUAUUUCGGCGCCGUCGCCUCCGGCCGCGGGGAGGACGAGUGCCGCGGCCUGGACCUCAGCACGAGCAAGGAGCACGUGGACGGCUGCGGGCUGGACGGCAUCCCCAGCCCGUGCAGCAGCGACGAAGAGGACUGCGCGCCGGCGUCCGCCGUCGACCGCGCGCCGUCGUCGCGCCUGGUCAAGGGGAUGUACCCCUGCGUCUACUGCGACAAGGUGUUCCCCUUCCGCUGCCGGUGGAUGAAGCACCAGCUGGCCGACCACAACGGCAAGACGUUGAACCAGCAGAUGCUCGCCAGCUCCGCCGCCAAGGAGAACUGCGACGACGCUCCCGGCGACGGCGCGGACGGGCGACGCGGAGGCGGGCGGUGGGGAGGGGCGGCGGAGCAGCGGCCGUGGGAGCCGGGCGCGAGGCCGGACUCGGACGGCGCCGGCCCCGGGGGCGGCCGGACGGGCGACGAGCGGGGCGAGUUCAAGUGCUUCUACUGCCCGCGGGUGCUGCGCACGCUGGCGUCGCGCUCGGCGCACCACACCUGGCACCGCCGGUGGCUGAAGGCCGCGGAGCGGCGCGCCAAGUUCUGCCCGCCGCCCCGCGCCGACGACCCGGCCGACCGGCGCCACCGCUACCCGCCGUGCUCCAACGCGUUCGACGCGGCGGACUCGCCAGCCGCACGCCGCCGCCGGCGCGAGCGGCGGCCGGCGUCGCCCGCGGACCCGGCGGGGCCCUCGCGGGGGUGGGGCGGCGCUCCGCGCGGGGCGAAGUUCCGCUGCUGCUGCUGCCCCCGCGUGCUCAAGACGGCGGCGGCGAGGGCGCUGCACCAGAAGAGUCACGGGAUGACGGCGUCGCCCCCCAGCCGCGUCCAGCACGUGGCCGCGGCGGCGCCGGCGUACGAACAGGCGCUGUGACGGCACUUGGCGCCGGCCGCGGCCCCUCUCCUCCGUUGUCCAGGCCCCCGCGGGAGGGAUGCAUGCGCUCGUGUCAUUGGCGAAUUCCCCUUUUUGGGACGGCCGCGUGUCUUGCUCUGCUUCCACGGGUUUCCGCGUUGCUCGAUUCGGUUUCCUUGCGCACGCGAGAGGAGUCGCACGACUCCAGAUUUUUGUACGGUCUGAACACACCACAGACGCUCGCUAAUAGCACUUGCUCCAGCAGCCCGCAAGGCUGCACCGGAGGUCUUUGUUUAUUGAUGUGCACACACACAGGCUCCAACUAAAGCAAGAGAUGUCUCAACGCCUCGCCUUCUAAGAUGACUUUGUUCGACGAGUCACCGGUCGGCAGGCUCCCUGCUGCGUGCGCGUCACGCGUGUGUGUGGCGUGUUGCGUGUACUGCGCGUGUGUGCGUUUGUGUCGAUCGUGGGGGAGGGCGCUAGCGUAGCGGUCAGCGCGCGGAUCUAUGAACCCGGCGGCCAGGGUUUUAUUCCCGCUCACGGCCAACACCGGUAACGAUUAUUCGAACUGCUCCUGGGCCUCCCCUAGGUCGACUCGGCCUCAAAUGAGUACCUGGGGCAGUGUGUGAACGUCGCCACGAGGGAGACGAAGGCAGGGUGCUGGACGCCCACCCCCUCGUGUGCCACAGUGCCGGCCUUCACAGGUGCUGCUACUCGCUAACAGCACUUGCCCCACAACCGUCUGUCGAGGCUGGGUCCGGUCAGCGUGUGGCGUGAGAGAAGAGGGUAGCCCCCCCCCCACCCCCAGCAGGCACCGCCCUCUCCAGUGGGACAGAGUGUCCUCGUCGCUGCGAGGAGGCAUUUUGUGCGGCCUGGGCCCCCUCGCGCUCCCCCCCUUACUGGUGAGGCCCCGCAGUCGGAUCGCGCGGAAACCCUCGCGGCCCAAAUCGCCCUGCCGAGUGCUCGGCUGUCGGCGGAGGGGCCGGGCAAAACUAUUUUGACGACGGUCGCGUUUUUUGUGAAUCUGCUUCGGCUGCGAGUGUCGUCGGCACGACGGACGAUGCCGCGCGGUGCCGCAGGUGCCGGACGGAGAGCGCUCGGCGUUCCGGCAGGCCGCGCAAAUGUCGAGCCUUGCCCUGGGGCGGCUGUCGCUCUCCUCGGUGACGCGUGGACACACAUGGGCGGAUUGACGGCGGUUGUUGUCGUUCGCGUGGUGAAGACGCGCAAGCCCUCGGUUGUAAUUAUUUUUGUUUCUCCGCACCGGUUGCUGUCCGUUUAAUAUUGGAUCAGUUUUUUGUUUGUCCAACGGCAGUUUUCUUGCCGUUGGUAUUUAAUUUGUUGACAUCUAACCGUGAAUUAAAUAUUUAAUAAAAACACAAAGAACGUGUUUUUUUUGGACAGGUUUGCAAAAUGUCCUUUUCCCAUAUCGUAGGGACCAUCACGACGCACGUUUCGCGCCCGCACGGUGGUCAUUUGCUGUUGUUGAACAAUUGAGGGAGAAACACGGGAAAUAAAGACGAACAUGAAAACUCAAAAA